AAUGUUUUUUUUGGGCUCCCUUUAUAUUUUUGCCCAUGAUGCGUUGUGGGCGUGCGAGUGGUUUGCCGUGAGAGUGUUAGUUGUCAGAGUGAGUUCCGAGAAAUAAAGCGUUGAAAUURCUUCUAAUUCGUCUUAUUACAAAUUGGCGACCMYGCCAGGACACGAAAGAUUCCUUAUUAMACGUUCUGAGUAAGUCCCAAGAGAAUUGGAAGCUUAAAACAAAGGAAAGUUUUGGAAUUUAUUCCACUCUACUGAGCACGUGCGUUUGACAAACAUGGCUGAAAAUACCGAAAACUCCAMCGAAAAUGAUGAAGUGGGAGAUGAGAGAGUUAAAUUAUCACCAUGGGCRACUGUGUAUGUSGAAGAYCUAGAAAUUUUGCCUGAAGAAGACCUGUUAACUCGCCUGGAGRCCGAAAGAGAUUCAAUCGCUAACUUCGAUGAAACAAACACGUCCGAUGAAGUUUUGCAAGCCGUCAGCAAUUUCUCGGCUCUUUGUGUCGCUGUAGUACAUCAUUCUAAAGGCAAGUGUAAUUACUUUAAGACGUUGUGCGAUUCACUAAACGAAGAAAUUGAUGCAGCCGCUAAGGAAAACGAGGAGUUAAUUYAUAUUCGCCAAUCUCUUGAAAAUCAACUCAAAGAUAACACCACAAAACUCACAAGAGAGAAAGAAUCGAUCAGUGAAGGCCUGGAACGAGUGAGAGAAGAACUGUCCACCACAAAUAAAAAGAAUUCGGAGCUUGCAGCAGAAUUAAAAGAUAAAAAUACGAAGAUCGAAUACCUGGAGACGAAACUCAAGCAACUUUCCCUAUCACAAGCUUCAAAGGGCCCGACAGACACGUUUCACACAGGGAAGGGACUCCCCUCAGAUUGGUCAAAGAUUUGUAAGAAUUUAACGCCAUUUAACCCUGAAGUACGACCUAAUGCUGGUAUUGAAGAGUUUAUCGCCACCUUAAAGAGUAAGUUAUCUGUGWGAGAACCUCCCUACAGUGAUGAUGAAAAGCUUGCUAUAGUAAAGAUGGUUGUUGAGGGUACUGCCAGUAUGCAGAUACAGAGUUAUCCACCAGAGAUACAAAGUGAUUUUGACAAACUUUGUGGACAGUUGGAAAAGGAUUUCGGCAGAUUCUCCUGUCAAGAAGCUGCGAUUGAGGCCCUUCGAGGUAGAGAAGGUAAACAAAAACCAACCGAAACACCCAGUGAAUUUCUUCGCAGACUAAACCGUCUAUCAACAAGAGCUUUUGGAUUUCGAGGAAGAGAUGAUGUUCAGCUGAGACUUGCGUUUGUGGAUGGCCUACAACCUCACAUUCGUCAACAGCUUGAAGCUUUAGCCCUGAAUAAUCUUGAUGAUCUUGUUGCCAAAGCAGAGAUUUUCUAUCACAAGAGAUCACGCCCCAAGGAGCUCCAAGUGUGUGAGGUAAAGGAUAGAGCAAGCCUUAACUUGGAAGGAGGGAGUGGAAGUAGAAAGAUCUUGUCGAACCCCAGAGACAGUUUCAAGAGACAGAGGAGAGGUGAUUGUUUUCGCUGCGGAGAAUCAGGACACUAUGCCAGAGACUGUCAUAGAAAUGAUGGGAAAACAUCAAAUGGAUCAACCACAGGAAUCCCAACUCCAACUGUUAAAAAUCAAAGAGUUGAAAUACCUACUKCUCAAGCUCAGCAAGAUGGAUUUAUGGAUUAUCUAAAGCAGAUAAUUGAAGGAUAUGAGCAACAGAGAGCACACUCUAACCCUCAAGGACCUGUACCAAAGGAACAAGUUUCAACCCUAUCYGGACAAUGAAAGGAGGAGAUACAUGUA